ACAUCACUGAACAGUAAACACACACUUCGUUCACUCACCUUGUUUUUUAGAAAAGAUUAAUAAUACCUGAAUCCUGAUCGAACGGAACCUAAAAGUUCUACAUAGCAGCGGUUCAAAUAAGCCCUAAUUGUAAUUAAAUUGCGUACGAAAAUCUUUUACACUGUAUUUCAGGUCAAGGAAAUAGUUUAGAUGGUUUGACAAUUGGAUAGAGUUGUAAUAACAGCGAAGUAAUGAGCUCACGCGACGGAACAUCGAAAAAACUCGGUCGUCCGUCGAUCAACAUCGCUAUCAACCCGGGCAGCGCCAACUUACCUGCUGGUUCGGCUGCCAGUGGUAUUGGUAGCACUACCGGUAGCAGCAGUAUUCUAAACGGGCUGGAAGGCACCGCUGGUGAUUAUGUUCCGAUAUUUUUCGAAGAGAUCUCUCAAAUCAUGCGUGGCUAUGGGGACUGCGAGAAGCCUUUGCGAGAGUCGGUAAUACUGGUGGAGAAAAUAGUGCUGCAUCAGUUGAGAGGCAUAAUGCAGGAUGCAAUCGAUCACGCGAUGUCUCGACAGAAUUCCCCGGUGUUAUCCAGAAGGGACUUCGAGUAUAUUAUGCGGAAGAAUCCAGUUCGGGUGGCUCGGUUGCAGAAAUACUUCCGGGAUAUGGCUUUCGUGAAGAAAAAGAUGAAAGAUUUGUACGGAGAUCGGUUCUCGCAGUUCGGCGAUUUAGGAUCGAAUUUGGACGAAUCGGAUGAGGACUCUGACCGAGAUGUGUCGGAGAAGUUUGACGAGGAGAAAGUAAGGCGAUUGUUCCGUGCGGAUCGGAUUUCUCAGAUACUGGCCGGAAAACAAUAUGAGGAGUUUAAUUUGGCAAGAAGAACGUCGUUCAUGCAUAGGAAUACAAACACCAUGAAAAAUCGAAUGCGAGCUUGGUUGAACUUUCCGGAGGAUGUGAUCAUUUCUCAAAGUUGUUUGCUUACUCUGUCGUAUCUGGCUCAUGAGACUAUUGCAGUGUUAGUGGAUUUUUGUAUCUUGACAAGACUGAAUUCGUCAAAUAGAACGGUGGAACCGUAUAGUCGGGUGACAUCAUCAGGAACGUCUCAUUCUAUGCUUCAUUUGUGUCCUGAAGUGACACACGGACGUGGUGUAGAUGGAGUGAAAGCAAUUACUCCGCAGGAGAUUCACGAGGCAAUGCGCCGCCAUCGUCAAAUGGCUACACAAAGCAUGGGACACUUUCGAAAUAAUGCUCUCAACUGCAAAAUUCCGUAUCUUGCAAUGUAG